ACUCAUUUGCUCGCAUAUUUAUUUACAAAUUAAUGCAUUGUAAUUUUGUAUAAUUAUUACAACAUUAAUAAAGAAAAAUGGACAAACAUAAAACAGAAACACAUACAUUUCAACAAAUAUUUCAUUUCACCGAAGAUAACAUAGGGACAAUAUGCGCAAGUUUAGAAAAUGAGAUAGAAAACUUGAAAGUGGUCAAAAGUGAAAGUCAAUCUUUAAAGACACCUGAAGUUCAACAUUUUAAAUUUAUUUUAUAUGAAACUGAUACCAUAACUCUUUUAGAGUUACCUUCCUUGGCACCGUUUAUACAAAAUAUUUCAGAUACGCAAGUUAAGAUUACAGAAAACAAUAAAUAUGUAUUGUCUGGUGCUGUACAAACUUCGAGAUGGUUUCAAAGAACACAACACACACAAACUGAUUCAAUAAUUUUAAAAGAUCAGUCAAAUGUUGCAUCCAUAUGGAUACUACAAAAAGAAAUGGGUUGUAAUACAUUGGAUUUAAGAAAAAAAGAAACGGAACUUAACAAUUUCAAAAAAAUUUUGUUUAUAACUGAUCGAAUUGUGACUUCAAACAAUUUUUCCAGAAAACAAAUUGAAUUUGUUACACAACAUAAAAGUGACAAAUUUAAUGCGAUGUCUUAUCGUUAUACAUUAGAAGAAAUAUUGCAAUUUUCAAAUGAUAAAUUUAUGAAUUUUUCAAUUACGUCACUUGUAUGGAAUAAUACGAAUGAAGAUAUUUUCGCCGUGGGAUAUAGUAAAAGAAAUAGAGAAUCACAAGAUGCAGGCGCUGUAUGUUGUUGGUCAUUAAAGAAUCCAGUGUAUCCAGAAAAGAUUUAUGAAUUCGACAAACCCAUUUUAUGCCUUGAUUUUUCAAAAAGCAAUGCUAACAUUCUUAUUGCUGGUAGUCAUGAAGGAUGUAUUUAUACAAUAGACAUCAGUCAAGAAAUUUAUGUUCCAGUUGUAAUCAAUAAGGAACAUUUGCAUAACUUUCCUGUGUGGAGUAUUGUAUCGUUUUUACAAAAAAGUUUUACUUCAGAUGAUGAAUUUGUACUGUCCGUAGAUGGUAAUGGCUCAGUACGAAAGUGGUCCUUAAUCUCUAAGAAUUGUAACACUGAACAAAUGUCAUUGAUAUAUUGCGGAAUUCGAAACGAAGUCAAUACCGGAAAAACAAACAAGUUCAACUCAACGAUAGUACAAAACAUGCCCGGAACAGUCAUAUCGUUUCAUCCGACCAAUAAGAAUACAUAUUUCAUUGGUACAAAAAUUGGUUUUGUUGUGCAGAACACAAUCGAUAAUUGCAACCAUUAUGACACAAUUUUCAUGGCUCACACUGGUCCAGUUUAUGGAAUUAAAUUUUCUCCCUUCUGCUCAAGUAUUUUCAUUACCUAUGGAGCUGAUUGGAAAAUCAAAAUUUGGAUAGAAAACAUUGAAUCACCACUGUUAUCCUUGUCUUAUUCUAACGCUAUAGACGACGCCGAUUGGUCACCAAUUAAUUCCACGGUAAUAGUCAGUGUCAGUGGAGCAAUCAUAUGCAUUUGGGAUUUUGCAAGAAAGACCGUUGAGCCCGUAAUGAUGUUUACGUGUAAGACUGGUGUUCAUUUCUCGUUGGUUAAAUUUUCAAAGCAUGGAAAUAAUAUUAUCACUGGCGAUGUAAAUGGACUAGUUAGAUGUUUUCAUAUUAGCAGUAUGCCAUCUCCGUCAUUUCUCUUGAAAAAUUCAAUUUUAACAGCUCUAGAAAACAUGAUGUCUUCAAAUCAAGAACUGGUCCGAAUAAUUAGAAAAAAAUUGUUGAAUAAAUAAUCAGUGUCGGGC